CAUUUUUUUUUCAGUCUCGAAGUUCCACCACCGUUUUUUUUCAGGAGAAAUUAAACGCAAUGUAAAUUUCUCCAAAAAUCAAUCCAAAGUGAAAAAUCGAUAUCAUUUCUCGCGCGAAUCGCGAAAAUGUCCUCGGACAGUGUGAACGCGCUAGUUGGCGAGCUGGUGCAGACGCUGGCUCGCGAUUUAGGCGGUAAGGCAUCCGAAUCGACGCUGAAACGGUGCAAAUCCGUAGCAUUUGGCAUUCUGCUGGGGAAGCGACUGGCCCUCGGGAAUGGCGACAGCGACUUGGAGCGGCAGCUUAUCGAGGACGAACCAAUUGAAAUGCUGCACUGUCAGUUGUUCCACAUGCAGCUGAGGGCACGGUACCGGUUCCAGAAGCGCCGAUGCGAGCAGUUCCAACAGCUGCUGGAUGAGCUGGAUCAAGGGGAGGGGAAUGCGCGGGAAGAGCUGCUAGAGCGGAAGGAGGUUUUGCAGUUUCUGUUGAUGCUGAGGGACUCUGUGCCGGAUGGGUGGGACAGAGCAGAAGAGAGUGGUUCCCUCCCGGGAGACAUGAUGCCAUCGAUGCAAUUGGGUCCGUACCCGAUCUUCCAACCGGACGACUUCCGGGCCAGUUCGAUGAACGUCGACGGUUUCCGGGGUGGAAGGUCUUCCAAUCCGUACUGUUUGAAAUCCACGAGUAUGGUCUUUUCGGAAAAUAUUACCAACCUGCUGGAGAAGACGGAAGGUGCUUCCAAAAAGGGGCAAAAUUUGCCUCGGAUCGAAACGAGCUACUUCAGCGAUCCGAUGGCGGAACUGGAUAGCUACCAGGGUCCCUUCCGGUACAACAUGAUGAAGGGUGUGGAACUGGAAGACGAUGAACAACUGUUGACCAGCUUCGAGAUAAUUCCUGCUGGGGAUGCCAGUGGAGAUUCGAAGACCAUUGCACCCAUAAGCUCCCCAAAGAAGCCGAUUUUCAACUUCAAUUGGGAGAACUUGGGCAACCGAUUCGUCCCGGUUCAGCGCCCAUUCGCAUCCGAAUGUAAUUCGGUGCUGCAUUUGAAAUCGCUUAAAGCGACUCGCUUCCAGAAACCGACCGAAAUUCGGAUAGUUCGGACCGAAGACUUCCUGCACGAUGUCAAAUUCCUGAUAACGGGAUUCAGUUCCCGGUGCUUCGAGUACGACGACGACAAUCGGUUCCGGAUGGUGGGUAACUUCACCGUCGAUGGCGUUUCUCCGGUGACAAUCAAAGCCGUCGUGGAUCAGUUUCUGGAGUUGGGGACCUGUUUCCGGCGGUUGCACAAGAUGACCAAGAAGAAUCCGUACAACUACGCAAUGAUUUUGGAGGGAUUCGUAUUUAAGGCGUUCUGUGACUGCGUGGAGCGCAUUCUGAGCUGCUUCCGGGUCGUGGUCACGUGUUACGAUGGGAAGUCGCUGCUUCAGUUGCAACGGAAUACCGAUCCCAUGAGGAAGCAGAUCCUAGCGCUGGCCAAGUUCUGCGGGAUUCAUCCCAAUUACGAAAGCGACAAAGAGUUCCCAACAGGUUCGGUCUUCCUGGAUCACCUGUACAAGGAAAUCAUCCACAUUACCAGUUCAGACGUUUCAACGUUUUUGCUGCACAUUCUGAAGCACUGUUGCAAUGCGUACUUCCUGCUGUUCCAGCAGUGGCUUUUCGGCGGUCAAUUGGGCGAUCCCAGCGGGGAGUUGUUCAUCUACUUUGUCGAUCACUACCGGCCGAAGACGAAGCAUUUUUUCGACAAAGCUUUCCUGAUUCGGCGCCAAGCGGUGCCGGGAUUCCUGAAGGGGUUCGAGGAGGACAUACUGCUAUGUGGGAAGUACACGAUGCUGCUGAAGGCGUUCAAGAAAUCGCACCCAAUCUUCUCAUUGAAGAUCCCCAAACUGGAGGUAUGCCUCUCAUACAGGGCGGUGGAUCGCCUGAAGGCUCGUUGGCUCCAAUACGUGGCCAAAGCACGGGACGUCUGUGGCCCAUCGCUGGCGGUUCGUGAGCUUUACGAGCGCAAGGAACGCGAACGGGAGGAAUUCCUACGCCAGGUGGAAGCCAACUUCCGUCGCAGCAUGGAGCAAUGGCGCCAGGAUCAGGAUGCUGAAGCGCUGGAGUUGCGCAAGAAAAAGGAGAGGCAGAUGGAAGAACUAUUGGGGCAUCUGAACGAGAUUCGGGAGAGCAAGCUGGCGGCUAAGAAGCAGGAGUUGGAACUGGAACAAAAGUAUCAACACGAAGGGUUGGAGUUCGAGAACCGUCGGUUGAUGGCGGAGAACUUGGAGCGAGAGAAGGCUGUGGAAGGGUAUAGGGAGUUGAAUCGCAUGAUGGAUGAGAAGGUGGAGAAGGCGGAGAGGGAGGUCGAGCGGUUGAAAGUUCAGUUGGCGGGUGUGGGAGGAUCUGGUGGGGAUAGUAGCGAUUUUGAGUCGUGCGUUGGGAGUGUUACGGAGGAUGAUGCAGGGUCUGUGUAUGAGGAUGCUCAAAAGAGCCCUCUCAGCGAUAAAAGUGAGGAUCGAACUGUGAAGGAGAUUACGGAGAGCGAUGUGGUGAAUAGUAACGAUGUGAUUAGCGAAAGUGAACAGAACAGGAAGCGAAUUUUGGGGUCGAACUUGGGUGAGUACUUAGCGGAAGAUCACGCAAAUGCGAAUAUUGAAGCGAUCAAGGAGACAGCGGCGGCAGGGCUGCGACAGAUGACUGAAGCGCAACGGAACAAAAUGAAGAUUAUGACGGAGGAGUUUGGUUUGCGAGAAGGAGUGGUGACCGCAGUGGAUAUCAACAGUAAUCAAACAGAGGAGCGUCACCGGAAUCGACAGCGGAUCUUGAUAAGCGAUUACACGAGUCGGGAAGAGGAAGAUCCGGUUAAGGCGAGUGGUGAAAUGACGGAGCUGCAGAAGAAUCGUAUCAAAAUAAUGAGUCAGGAGUACAAUGUGGUUGUGGAUGAUCACGAUCGUGGAUCGAAGAAGGAUAGGAAACCGGAGAUGUAUUUGAAUCUGGAAACAGAUCGUGCGAAGAACCGACGUCGGAUUCUGGAGUGCGAGUAUGAUAUAGUGACGGGUGCGCAGAACUUUGUCGAUACGCCGAUGUCGGUAGAUAGUGAUACGAUCAGCGAAGAUAUCCAGGUGCCGGUGAUCGUGAUCGAUGAUGUUCCGCAGGACGUGAACGCAAAUCCGAUUGCUGGAGAUGAUGGGCAAUUGAAGUUAGAUACGACGGCAGCACAAGAGAAGUUCAACGAGAGUCGGUUUGGUGUACCGGACACAGCGGUGUUGGCGAAGUUGACUCCGGAGAGUGGAUUGAUCUCAGCGGGACUGCAAGCAAAGCGAGGUUUUGAGUUCCCGAUAGUGCAGGAGGGAUCAGAAUUGGAGAUAAGGUCGGAAGCAAGCUACGAAGACGAUGAGAUCUAUCGGGAGUUCGUGGAAGCGAUGGAAAAACGGAACUUGAAUCUCUGCGAGUUACCGAGCAUGACGGGUGAUCUUGGAAAUGUGACAGAGCUUAAGGAAAUCGAUACUGAGCUGAGGAGUCUUGAUGUUUUAACCGUGACACGGUUCCUGCAGAGUUCGUUGGUCAUCCCGUUGAAGGCACACAUGGAAGUUGUGAAUAGUGAGAUCUUGAAGAUGUGUUUGAACGAUCUGGAUAUCCUAGGUCACUUUGAAAGCUUGAGGAACUACUUCCUGCUGAUGGACGGAGAGUUCUCUUGUUAUGUUUGUGACAAUAUAUUCAAGAUGCUGGAGGAGGUGAGAAGUCCGGAUGAGCUUUUGAACUACCAAACUCUACAUACGAUCUUGGACUCGGCGUUGUGUUCCAGUGCUGCCGGAGCAGAUAAAAAUGCCGAUAGGUUGUCGUUUAACGUGGAGCUGAUUCCGGAACGGUUUGAUUUGUACCAUCCGAAUGUGGUUAGCAUGCUGAAUCUGAGCUAUCGCGUGGAGUGGCCGUUGAACUUGAUUCUGAAUCCGGAAACCAUCGAGCAGUAUACCAACAUCUUCAAAUACCUAGUUAAGGUUCGAAGGGUUAGUUUUGUGCUAGGAAAGUCAUUCCAGUUACUCAAGGAAGCACAUAAACAGUUUGGAAAGCAGAUGUUGCUGUCGCCGCAGUACAGCCGUGUUCAAUUGAUCUCACAUAAACUUUCACAUUUGGUCAAUGCGCUGAAGAACUACAUCACAAGCAGUGCUCUGCAGGCUUCAUGGGAAACCUUCCGAAAGGAUCUGGAAUCGGCUGAAUCGAUGGAAGAUCUGUAUCGUAAACAUACAAGCUACAUCAAAAGGAUUCUGUUUCUGUGUUUGCUGAACAAGAAGAGUGUCGAAUUCUACAACAACGUGGAGGAGAUCUUCAAGGUCGUUUUGCGCUUCUACAAGCACCUUAAAUCCAAACCUUGGAAACCGCAGGAUAAGUCUAGCCCCAAUUCGCUCUACGUGCACCCUAAAUAUGCCCAAAUCUUGGAUGACGAAAGCGACUUUGAGAAACUGAUCAAGUACACGAUCUACUUGGGAAACAAGAUGUACGAUCAUGGUUACCAGAAAGAGAUCUACGAGUUCAUCAGCGUGAUCAACAUCAACGGAUACUAUGGGCCUGUAGAUGGGCAGUGAUUGUGACGCCUCUCUCUGUGUCAUCAAGUUCCUUAGCUACCUACUGCUAUUGAUCGGUAAGUGAUAAUCUCUAAUCUGUGUUGAUCUGUUCGCUUCUACUCGAAUCGAGUGCUUUCGAUAAGAUAAGCAUGGCACUAAUUGAAUCCACCUAUGUUAAUAGUAAAUACCAUUGUUGUUACAUAUUACUGAUAGCAAUAAGAAAACUUGUUACUGACUCUACUGAAACGUUUCUCACCGGCAAUGUGAUCCAUAUCGCGGUCGGGAGAACAUCAAGCUCCCUUCCAAACGCUGACCGUUCAAUGUACCUUUAUCAUUAAUCAAAGAAAAGGGAAAGAUAUGUACACUUGAAUGUAGGCCUCUAUUUAAGUACAUCAAUCGAAUCAAGUACGCGCUA